CUACGCGUCGUCGUGACAUUCGGUCUAUUUGCUUGUCUGGUCGAGUCGUGUGUACUGUAUUUUAAACAAAAAGUUUCGAAUUAAAAGAAUUAAAGAAUGGUGUCAUUGGGUCCGAAAAAGGAUGGAGGACCGAACAAGGAGUUCUUCGAAUCGCCAGAAUCAAUGCAAGGCUUCGAGCAGAUUAGAUUAUGGUUGACUAAAAAUUGUAAAAAGUACAUCCAAACUGAUCCACCAACCAAGGAUUAUUUGAGUAAACUUAUCAUUGAAUUCAUUGAAUAUCAAGAAAAGAAAUUCGGUAAAAAUGCUACCGAACAUCUACUCACCAGAUUGCCGAUGCGCUGCUUUCUCGAUUUCAAACCUGGUGGUAGUCUCUGCCACAUAUUCGCCAACAUGUAUCGCUAUAAGGCCGAGCAACGGUGGCGUAAAUUUGAUUUUACCAUAUCCAAAAACCCAAUGCGGAAGGAUCCAAACGUUCAAAUGUUAAUGGAAAUUGAAACGGCCCUCAUCGAAGCCGAAUGCUUUCGAAUGCCCGUUGUGUACGUGCGGCCAGACGUUGAGAAGACUUUGGCGAGCAAAGUAAAGUCGAUCAUAACCGAACAUCAGGGUGAAAUUACGGAAGAUGAAGAGGAAGCGUCGCACAUUGUUUGUCCAAUUGUCGAACCACUUCCUGAAGAUUUUGCACGGCCAACAUUUAGACGUGGGAAUCACAUUAUGAUCCAUUGGUAUUAUUUCCCCGAGUCCUAUGAUUCGUGGGUCCCAAAUACGUUUGAUUUACCCGACAUCAUUCCUGAGAAUCCAGCGUCACCGGAAAACCGUUGGAGAGUCUCUGCGUCGUGGGUUCUCGACUUAGAUCAAUACAACGAAUGGAUGGCGGAGGAAGAUUAUGAAGUUGAUGAAAAGGGCGGCAAGAAAGUACACAAACUGCGUCUAUCUGUGGAAGAAUUGAUGCCGAUUGGGCCGGACGAUAAGCGAAAGCCUGUAGCUGGGAGUAGUAAACAGAAACGGAAGCGAUCACCGUCGCCUCCACCACCGAAAGGAGCCAGCAAACGGAAGAGUGGCAGAUCCCCUGCUGUUUUCCAACGGAAGGGGCGAAGUGGUGAAGGUGAUGAUGAAGAAGAUUUGACCCGUGACAUGGAAGAUCCAACACCCGAACCAAACAUUACCGAGGUAACUAAGCCUCCAGCUACUCCAUUGACAGCAGCAAGUCCUGCAACGCCACAGUCUACUAAACAGAGAGAUACGGACAUGCUGCCAAUCAAAGGUGGAACUGUAACCGAUUUGGACGAGGAUAUGGAGCGAACUGGGGGAGAAGAUUCUCAAACGGCUAAAACCAGCGAAAAUAGCAACACCCAAGAAUUUCCACCGAAUAAAGAUGAUUUGGAGGAUAAUGUUACUGAGCAAACGCAUCACAUUAUCGUUCCGUCUUAUUCGGCUUGGUUCGAUUACAAUUCCAUACACGUCACCGAAAAACGAGCGAUGCCCGAAUUCUUUAACGGAAAAAACAAAUCGAAAACACCGGAGAUCUUCAUGGCCUACCGAAAUUUUAUGAUCGACACGUAUCGCUUAAAUCCGACAGAAUAUUUAACAAGCACAGCAUGUCGCCGAAAUUUGGCUGGUGACGUUUGCGCUAUAAUGCGAGUUCAUGCAUUUCUGGAGCAAUGGGGACUGAUCAACUAUCAAAUUGACGCAGAAUCUCGCCCGACUGCAAUGGGACCACCGCCCACAUCUCAUUUUCAUAUUCUUAGCGAUACACCAUCGGGAUUGCAGCCUCUUAAUCCUCCGAAAACCACUCAACCAUCAGCAGCAAAGGCUCUUUUUGAUUUGGACAAGAACAAAAAAGAAAAAGACACCGAUGCGUCUCCAUUGGGUGUCGCUGCCACUGGUUCCUCAGCAACUCCGCCAACCGCCGUCAAAACUGAAUCUACUAGCGAACCGAAUGGUCAAUUUGGACUGAAACUUGAUCAGUACUCGAAGAAACCGUCGGCACUGAAGAAUAGGACCGCAGCUGGUAUGUCCCGUGAGUGGUCGGAACAGGAGACUCUACUACUAUUGGAGGGUCUUGAGAUAUAUCGGGAUGACUGGAACAAAGUGUGCGAACACGUCGGAACUCGAACACAGGACGAAUGUAUUCUACAUUUCUUGCGUUUGCCGAUCGAAGACCCGUACUUGGAGGACGACAGUGGCUAUUUGGGACCGUUAGCUUAUCAACCAGUACCGUUCAGCAAAUCUGGUAAUCCAAUUAUGUCGACUGUCGCAUUUCUUGCGUCCAUUGUCGAUCCAAGAAUUGCUGCAGCUGCAGCUAAAGCAGCCAUGGAAGAAUUUGCAACAAUUAGAGAAGAAGUUCCGCCUGGCAUCUACUACGCCCAUUACAAAAACGUUGAAAAGCUUGCCGUACAUGGAAAAUUUGUACCGAAUGCUGGAUUAGACAUCAGUGGUAUCGCUGGCACUGGAUCGGACAAAGAGGAAGAAGAAUCCAAACCGCCAAUGGACGAAGAAAUGAAAGAUGUAUCAAAGAAAGACGGAGACGAAAAUGAGAAAGACAAAAUAGAAGAAUCUAAACAGAGUGAUUCUCCUCCCGCAGCUGACAAGGAUUCAAGUAAGGUCGAUGGAGAUAAGGAUGCUGAAAAAAUGGACACAACUGUCGCUAACGGUGACGCGGAUAAAAAAGCAUUCAACGAAUCUGAUUUGCAACGUGCUGCAGCCGCAGCUCUGGCAUCAGCUGCAGUUAAGGCGAAACAUAUGGCUGCUUUAGAAGAACGAAAGAUCAAAAGUUUGGUGGCAUUGUUGGUUGAAACGCAAAUGAAAAAGUUGGAAAUCAAAUUGAGACAUUUCGAAGAGUUGGAAACAACCAUGGAACGAGAACGUGAAGGUCUGGAAUAUCAGCGACAACAACUGAUCACUGAACGUCAGCAAUUCCAUUUGGAGCAACUGAAAGCUGCCGAAUUUCGAGCCAAACAACAAGCACACCAUCGCUUACAGCAGGAACAACAGGGACAAUGGCAGGCAGCUGCUGCAGCAGCAGCAAAUUCACCAUCAAUUGGCCCAGUUACGCCAACAACGACGGCGAGUGCCGCAUCCACACCACGAGCACCAUCUGCUACCGAUGCACCAUCACCGGCAAGCGUUACGGGUCCUUUGACGGCACAAGCAAAUUCGGUAGCUUCACCAUUAGCAACAGCCUCCGUUCAGUAAAUGCAUGAAUCAGUCCCAACAUUAAGAUAUUUCGAUGUAAACGUGUCCGAUAAGUGACGCAAAAUCCAUAGAAGAUAAGAAUUUUUCCAUUUUGUUCUUUUAGUGACUUUAAUCGUAAUACUUGUAUUGAUAGUGUGCUAAAAUUUAAAUAAAAGGAAACGCUCAAAA